AUGUUUCCUCAAGAGUCGUUUGCUCUGAAAGGCACCACGAUUCGAGUGCCCUCGAGAGGGCUUGGAACAUUCCAGGUAGAUCCAAAGAUCUAUCCAGAGGGCUCAGUAAAAGACUCUGUGCUCCAGGCAUUGAAGCUAGGCUACAGGCAUAUCGAUGCUGCCUUUGGGUACGGCUGGGGUCAGGUCGAAAGGGAUAUCGGCCACGCAAUUCGCGAAAGUGGCAUUCCAAGGGAAGAGUUAUUUAUUGUGACAAAACUACACAAUUGCUUUCAUAAGCCCGAGGACGUCGAAAUCAAUAUGGACAUGAGUUUGGAGAACUUUCAACUAUAUUACGUGGAUUUGUAUUUAAUGCAUUUUCCAUAUGCAUAUGCAAUUAAGGAUGGAUAUGCCACCCAGAGAACCCCUGACGGAAAGCCCGUAAUAGACGUGCCGCUUUCAAGAGCAUAUGACGUUACAUGGGCAGCAAUGGAGAAGCUCGUAGAGAAAGGAAAGGCUAAACUCAUCGGUGUUUCCAAUUUUUCGAGCCCAAAGCUCAAGAGGCUCCUCCAAACGGCAAAAAUCCAUCCGGUUGUGAACCAAGUGGAAAUUCACCCUUACUUCCCCCAAAAGGGCCUCGUGGAAUACUGCCAGAAAAAUGAUAUCCACGUCACAGCGCAUUGCCCGCUGGGGGGAGCGCCUAUACCUGUCCUUAUAGGCAGGCAUGGCCCUGGGCCUCUGGAAGACCCAACACUUCUGAAAUUGGCCCAGAAAUAUGACAAAACCGUUGCUCAAGUUGUGCUUUGCCAUACCAUCUGCCGUGGUAUAUCGGUUAUUCCCAAGACGAAUAAUUCAAAGCGGAUUAUAGAAAACUUUGAUAUACUUUUCGAGAUGGAUGAGGCUGAUUUCAAGUUGAUUGACAACCUUAUGGGUGAGAGGGGCGAAAGGGGGAUUCGGAACUUGGAAACUCGAGAGUACCUGGGAUUUGAUAACUUUAACGAGGAGGUAGAAGAGCCCUAG